AUUUUAGAAAUUUUUAUUUGACAGCUAAUAUAUACACACACAACUCGUCGUUCCGUACAUUAACGUGAGUUUUUGUGUGUGUAUAAAUAGUUGUCCAGAGUUGGGUGUGGCUGUGAAGAUACUCUUAGUCGUUAGCUGUAAUUCUCCAUUUUCAGUUUUUCAUCUUCUGAUUUGAUUUUCGGUGGUGGAGAAAUGGCCGGCGGUGGUAUUGCACCUUCUCCCGGCGGCGGGAAGGCGUAUCCGGGGAAUCUGACGCUGUACGUGAUUGUGACGUGCGUUGUUGCGGCGAUGGGAGGACUUAUUUUCGGCUACGAUAUUGGGAUUUCAGGCGGUGUGACGUCGAUGGAUUCGUUCCUGAUGCGUUUCUUCCCGUCGGUUUACCAUAAGGAGAAACUGGAUGCGAACACGAACCAGUACUGUAAGUUCGACAGUGUUACGCUUACGCUGUUCACGUCGUCGUUGUACCUGGCGGCGCUGGCGUCGUCGAUUGUGGCGUCGACGGUGACCAGAAAGCUCGGAAGGAAACUGUCAAUGCUGUUUGGAGGAAUCCUGUUUUGCGCAGGAGCGUUGAUCAAUGGCUUCGCGCAGAACGUCGCCAUGCUCAUUGUCGGUCGGAUUUUACUCGGAUUUGGAAUCGGAUUCGCAAAUCAGUCUGUUCCUCUGUACCUUUCAGAAAUGGCUCCGUACAAAUACAGAGGGGCACUCAACAUCGGAUUCCAGCUGUCGAUAACCGUCGGCAUUCUGGUAGCCAACGUACUGAACUACGGCUUCGCAAAGAUCGAAGGCGGUUGGGGAUGGAGGCUGAGCCUCGGCGGCGCGAUGGUUCCUGCUCUAAUCAUCAUCCUCGGAUCACUCCUCCUCCCGGAGACGCCUAAUUCCCUAAUCGAGCGCGGCAAGCGCGAUGAGGCUCGAGCGAAGCUCGUCCGAAUCCGCGGAAUCUCCGACGUCGACGAGGAAUUUCACGACCUCGUCGCCGCCAGCGAGGCGUCGCAGAAGGUCGAGCAUCCAUGGCGGAAUCUGUUGCAGAAAAAGUACAGACCUCAUCUCGUGAUGGCCGUACUCAUCCCCUUCUUCCAGCAGCUCACCGGAAUCAACGUAAUCAUGUUUUACGCGCCGGUAUUGUUCAAAACCCUAGGCUUCGCCAGCGACGCCUCUCUAAUGUCCGCCGUGAUCACCGGAGUCGUCAACGUCGUCGCCACCUGGGUCUCCAUCUACGGCGUCGACAAGUGGGGCCGCCGCUUCCUCUUCCUCGAAGGCGGCUCGCAGAUGUUCAUCUGCCAGAUCGUGGUGGCGAUUUGCAUCGGCGUUAAGUUUGGGGUCACCGGAGUCGCCGCCGAGAUCGAGAAAUGGUUCGCGUCGUUGGUGGUUCUGUUCAUCUGUGUCUACGUGGCGGGCUUUGCGUGGUCGUGGGGCCCUCUCGGCUGGCUGGUUCCCAGCGAAAUCUUUCCGUUGGAAAUCCGGUCGGCGGCGCAGAGCAUAAACGUGUCGGUAAACAUGAUCUUCACGUUUCUGAUAGCUCAAGUGUUUUUGUCGAUGCUGUGCCACAUGAAGUUUGGGCUGUUCUUGUUCUUCGCUUUCUUCGUGGUGGUUAUGUCGGUGUUCAUAUAUUUCUUCCUGCCGGAGACGAAGAACAUUCCUAUUGAAGAGAUGAUGUACGUUUGGAGGAAUCACUGGUUCUGGUCGAAAUACGUCACUGAUGAUGAUCUUCCUGCAAAUGGACGAUCCGCCAUGGAAAUGCAGGCUGCAGGGGAGAAGAAGGUCUGACUGAAUUAUUGUUACUGUUACUAUUGUUAUUGUUAUUAUUAUUAUUAUUAGGUAAUAAGUGUAAGGUUUAUGAUGAGUAAGAUGCUGUAAUUGCUGGAUUAUUGUUUUUAAUUUUGUGUUUUUGUUACAGGACUUUGUAUUUUGUCACAUUGAAUUGUUUAAAUUUAUGGUUAUUUAUUAUUUAUUUA